GUGUGGAAGACGAGGAUGAGGACGGGAGAGAGGAGAGGCUGCCGUCUUGCUUCGACUACGUCAUGCACUUCCUGACGGUCUUCUGGAAGGUUCUCUUCGCCUGCGUGCCGCCCACCGAGUACUGGAACGGCUGGGCCUGCUUCAGUGUUAGCAUCAUGGUGAUUGGCAUGCUGACCGCCCUCAUUGGCGACCUGGCCUCCCACUUCGGCUGCACGGUGGGACUCAAGGACUCGGUCAAUGCGGUCGUCUUUGUGGCCUUGGGCACGUCCAUCCCAGACACCUUUGCCAGCAAAGUGGCCGCUCUGCAGGACCAGUGCGCGGAUGCGUCCAUCGGCAACGUGACGGGCAGCAAUGCGGUCAACGUCUUCUUGGGCCUGGGCGUGGCCUGGUCGGUGGCGGCCAUUUACUGGGCUUUCCAAGGCAAAAACUUCGAGGUGCAGACGGGCACCCUGGCCUUCUCCGUCACCCUCUUCACCAUCUUUGCCUUCGUUUGUAUCAGUGUCCUCAUGUACCGCCGGCGGCCCCACAUAGGGGGUGAGCUGGGGGGUCCCCAAACUGCCAAAAUCCUGACCACCUGCCUCUUUGUGGGCCUCUGGCUGAUCUACAUCCUCUUUGCUGGCCUGGAGGCCUACUGCCACAUCAAGGGUUUCUGA